AAUAUUAAUUGAAGAAAAUCUCGAUCGUGAUGGUUAAAGCACAUUAGCAAGUAUAUAAAUAAAUGAAUCCAUUAAACUCGCUCAGUCGUUUUUAAACUCAAGUUAAUAAUGCAUAUUAUAUUUGUGGUUUUGUCCACGACCUUGAUUUACGGUGUCAUAGAUGUUCAUGGAUAUCGCAACUUGGACACCCUGGGAGAGGAAAUUUCCGCCAGUGUUCAGCGCCAAUUGCAACCGUUGGAGAAUUUGGGCGAAAGAAUAAACCAAAAUGUCCAGGCACAAAUGGCAAGGGUAAAUCAAGAUGUCUAUGCACAAAUGGCACCUUUGCAGAACCUUGGUCCGAGAAUAUCCGCUUCAGUUAAGUCAUCCCUCUCGGGAUUGGACAACUUAGGUGAACAAAUACAGCAAUCGGUCUAUCAAAAUCUGGAACCAGUACGAGCGUUGGAGUUUAUAUUUAAAAUGCAAGAUGGCGUUGGAGGAACUACUGUUGCUACAUAUAGCCCCAAUGGAAAAACUGUUGUAAUCAAAAACAAGCAACGAUAUAUCUGUAAAGGAGAACUAUCAAACAAAACAGGCAAAUGCUCAGGAGACCUAACACCCUUCGUACAAAAUGACAAAAGCGACUUUUGUUAUGCAAGUGGUGGUCACACUGUAAUAAAUAACAUUAUAUGCCUUGCAAAUGGCCCCACGUCAGUGAGCAUGAUCAACAACCAAUUCAGCUGUAGAAGUGUUGAUGGCAGUCCUGUUUUGGUCCUUAAUCUGGAAGAAUACAACAGACUAUGUAGCGGUCUAGCUAGAGGAGUAAAGUAUACGUACUAUUCCGAUUUGAAUGAUCCAAGACAUGUUCAAAUACCACACCCAAAUAAGUCCGUUAAGUGUGAGAAUAAUGAGCCUGGUGUUUGCGUGUUUCGGAAGGAUUUGACUUACUUUUUUUAGGAACGUUUAAGAAUAUAUUUAACCUUUAUAUUAACCAUAUUAGAUGUAGUUUAGGAUUACAUUAAAAUGCUUUUUUUAGU